ACACACGCGCAGACAGACACACACACAAACAUCCAGAGUUCACUCGUCAGCCACGGGAGUUUUUUUGCGUCACCUCGGCGGAUUUUGGCUGCUGCUCUCUCUCUGCCUGUGCUGAAGAGGAAAGAAACAUUUUAAACGAUUUGCCGAAAGUCGAAAGAGUUGCGCGGUUGGAUGUUUUUUUUUUUCACUCAUGCCGUUUUUACAGUUUUUUUCCGACUCUCUAGAAGUGGCAUGAUCGCCGUCCGUCAAGAACACUGGUGAAUUAUUUCCUCUACUGGGUUUUGGUGACAUACAUAUUUUGACGUUAUUUUUACAAGGACUGAACUGUGCGAGUGUCGCUUCAAAAGCCAUGUCCAAGCCGGCCGAUCACAUCAAGAGACCCAUGAACGCCUUCAUGGUAUGGUCCCGCGGUCAGAGGAGGAAAAUGGCCCAAGAGAAUCCCAAAAUGCACAACUCUGAGAUCAGCAAGAGGCUCGGUGCGGAGUGGAAGCUUCUCUCUGAGUCUGAGAAGCGGCCCUACAUCGACGAGGCCAAACGGCUGCGUGCGCAGCACAUGAAAGAGCACCCGGACUACAAGUACCGGCCGCGGCGAAAACCCAAGAACCUGCUCAAGAAGGACCGGUAUGUGUUCCCGCUGCCCUACUUAGGCGACGCUGAACACUUGAAAGCACUUCCGGUUUCCGGUGCCGACUCAUUGCUGGCUUCCGGGCCGGAAAAAGCGCGCGCGUUCUUGCCGCCGGCGGCCUCUGCGCCCUACUCGUUCCUUGACCCAAGUCAGUUUGGCUCGAGCGCUGCGCAGAAGAUGGCCGAUAUGCCACACGCCCUUGCCGCAGCUGCCGCCGGCUCACUGCCCUACGCCUCCUCACUCGGCUACCAAAACGGCGCGUUUGGCGGCCUGGCGUGUCCGGGGCAGCAUACACACACCCACCCGUCACCCACCAACCCAGGGUAUGUAGUGCCCUGCAACUGCACAGCGUGGUCGACGGCGUCCGGUCUGCAGCCGCCCGUUGCCUACAUCCUCUUCCCGGGCAUGGGUAAAAGCGGCAUCGACCCGUACCCGACGGCGCACGCCACGGCCAUGUAAAAUAACCAUCCGAAAAGUUGCGCAGAGGGACACUUUUUACUUUGGAAACUUGAACCACAAAACACAAACUCGCACACCCACACAAAAAGGACCGGAGUCAAAAGAGCAGACAGAUAGUCGGGUUCUUCGAAAACUUUUCUACCAUGUUAAAAAAAGGCAGUUUCGCGCUUUGAAGCUAAAAGACGCUUCUCUCUGGAAACAUUAACGAUGUAAAAUAAAUAAAUAAAUACAUAAAUUAAUUCAUAGCCACGCAAAUCGAGGGGGUUCAGCUCAGAAGAAACCGCAGAAAGAAGAAACCGCACUGCUCCACGGAAACUUCAGUGAUGCUACCCUCCAUUAAAAGGAGGCCGAGAGGACUGGAGAGAAACUUUCGAUGUUUCAUCAUACCCGUUUUCACCUCCGGACUUCUGCUUGGGAGCUUUGGAGUUGAUGUGAGAGAUCAAGGAGCCCUGAACUGUAAGAAAUGUAAAUGUUAUAACAUUUAUUAAUGGCUAUCCGGUUAAGGAUGCCUUUAACUUUAUUUAUUAUGUACAUUUUUGAUGCUAUACUACUAAUAAUUUUGUUUCAUGAUAUUGUUAUCUUAUUUUAAAUGCCCAUUUGGUUUGCACAAGUGACAUUCACCUUUCAUAUCUCAUGUAUAUUGUACUUAUAUUUUAGCACUCAGAUAAAAUGGUUUGGAUCACGCUUAAAACUUUUUGAGUUGGAUGAACAUACGGGUUAUAUUGUUUAUAGGCUAUUUAUCAAACUGGUGCAUAAAAUUAGACAAACAAUUUAAAACAUAAAAUGGAAAAAUAAUAUCUUUUAAACAUUUUUCUUUUUUUGUCAAAUUGUGGUUCAGUGCUAGUCACGCUCACUCAAUUCAUCUGAGGAAGAAGGAGCUGGAGUUUGAAGAGAAGCAGUUCAUGUUGUGAUUUUAUUCUGAUUAUUAUUUUUCACAUGCGAUGGUAAUUUAAAAGCUGUAAUAAUGUUAUGGAAAGGAAGAUGUAUCCAAAUGCGUGAUACCUCGAUUCUUUGUUCAUUUGCCUGAGCAAAGACAUUUUGAAUAAAGACAAUCUGUCUUCAAAAUUAUACAAACGUGGUUAUAUUGAAUAUUUUCCGAAUAUUUCAACGAAAUAAUUUU